AGAGUCGCGCGAAGGAAACGGUUUAAUGUGUGCGAAGAGAAGCGCAUCAAAGAGGAGAUCGAACUCCAGACAUAUCUCAAUACUUUGAUCCAAUUGGACAAAGAGAAACAGUUAGAGAAAGUCAACGAUGAAAUGCACACCAAUGCCAUCACUGAUGAACAGACGGCACAGGAUCUCAAGCGGAUGAUCGUCACGACAACCGAUCAAAGGACUGAUGACUUGAAUGCUAUGUUUUCAAGUUUAGACACCAGAAGACAGAAACGUGAAGUUCCCGACUAUUUGUGCGGAAAAAUCAGUUUUGAGAUAAUGCGCGAUCCGGUGGUCACCCCGAGUGGCAUCACAUAUGACCGCAAAGACAUCGAAGAACACCUACAACGGGUCGGCCACUUCGAUCCGGUCACUCGAACGCCACUCACCGCCGAUCAGUUGAUCCCGAAUCUGGCGAUGAAAGAAGUGAUCGACACCUUCUUAAUGGAGAACGAAUGGGCCAAUGAUUACUGAUUAGACAUUUAACGCUAAUUUAUGUUUGAAUGGCAAUUUGGUUGGACUGAAGGGUGCCUUUCAUUGCUUUUCAUUUGUUUUCAUUCAAUGGUUUCGAAAACAUUUGGUUUUCAAUCAUUCAAAUAAUUUGCUCCUAUUUUGGCCAUCGCUUGGAAACCAAGUGUGUGUCCGACAAUUGGAUUACUUGUUAAGUGAUUUAUUAUUCAUUUCCUUAAAUCUACUGUAAUACUGAAUAAUCAUUUGACUUAAAAAACGACUGCAAUUAUUUUAAAUAUUAACCAAGAAAUUUAAAUUUUUAUUUCAUUCUUAAAGUUUAAAAUUCAUUACAAAUAAGUUGUUGAAACUCAUGAUCAGAUAAAGUAGGUUUUACAUCAAAAUAAUUGAAUAAAAUGUCAGCGAAUGAGCAAAGGAUUAACAGGUCUUGAGGGUUAAAACAUGGAUUAAUGGAUGACAUAAUUCACAUCUAAAUAAUAUAAACACAAAUCAAAACCAUUUGCAAAACACUUUGAAAAUAUAAAAAUCCAAACCUUAUUAGUAUAGGCAUCGAGUUCUGCGUCCAGUUCUUCAGCCGUCGGCAC